CGCGUCCCCUCCAAUUCCCGUAAGCACCCCUUGCUCCAUCCUGCGCCCCAAUACCUCAGCUAGCCCCCUUCCCCAUUCCUUAUACUCCAAACUCAGCCGGGACAGACCUCUGCCGCCGCCGUCCCCACGGCAUGGGGAAUGCAAAGCUGUGGUCAAGCAUUCAGAAAGUGGUCCUGCCCCAGAGUCCCUACAGGUGGUGCCCACGGUGAUGCACCGACAAUGAGUGGCUGUUUUCCAGUUUCUGGCCUCCGGUGCCUAUCUAGGGUAUGUCGUGGCUUGGUGCGGGAAGUUCCUACCUCCCCAAGCCCCACUGCUUCUCCUGCUGCCUGCUUGCUUCGGACUCUGACAGAAACCCCACCCGCUGACACGUUCCUCCGGGGGAAUUGGUCUUGGAUGUGCCAGUGCCUCUGGCCGCGGCCCGCUAACCAGCCUCUCCCGGGCCGGCUCCCGCCGCGCCCCCUCUCGCUUGCCCCUUCCUCCUCCUCCUGCUGCUCUCCCCCCUGCUCCCAGGACGGCAGAAUGGCCGCGCAGGGCGCCCCGCGCUUCCUCCUGACCUUCGACUUUGAUGAGACUAUCGUGGACGAGAACAGCGACGACUCGAUCGUGCGCGCCGCGCCAGGCCAGCGGCUGCCGGAGAGCCUGCGAGCCACUUACCGCGAGGGCUUCUACAACGAGUACAUGCAGCGUGUCUUCAAGUACCUGGGCGAGCAGGGCGUGCGGCCACGGGACCUGCGCGCCAUCUACGAAGCCAUCCCUUUGUCGCCAGGCAUGGGCGACCUGCUGCAGUUUGUGGCUAAGCAGGGCUCCUGCUUCGAGGUGAUUCUCAUCUCCGAUGCCAACACCUUUGGCGUGGAGAGCGCGCUGCGCGCUGCCGGCCACCACAGCCUGUUCCGCCGCAUCCUCAGCAACCCGUCGGGGCCCGACGCGCGGGGACUGCUGGCUCUGCGGCCGUUCCACACACACAGCUGCGCGCGCUGCCCCGCCAACAUGUGCAAGCACAAGGUGCUCAGCGACUACCUGCGCGAGCGGGCCCACGACGGCGUGCACUUCGAGCGCCUCUUCUACGUGGGCGACGGCGCCAACGACUUCUGCCCCAUGGGGCUGCUGGCGGGUGGCGACGUGGCCUUCCCGCGCCGCGGCUACCCCAUGCACCACCUCAUCCUGGAGGCCCAGAAGGCCGAGCCCAGCUCGUUCCGCGCCAGCGUGGUGCCCUGGGAAACGGCCGCCGACGUGCGCCAACACCUGCAGCAGGUGCUGAAGUCAUGCUGAGGACGGCCGCCUGCAGGGGGCGCCAGAGCCAGCGGCGGAGGGGUGGGGAGUGGGGAUUCGGGAAAGACAAAGUUAGUUUUCCUUUCCCUUUGGCUUUGCUAUGUCCCUCUGGGAAUUUCUGGAAUCUCGUCCAGUUGGGGGCUUGGGGAGGGGACUCAGAGCCGUCCCUAUCUAUGCAGUUAACCCACCUCGGCCGCCUCCCCCGCUCCACUGGGCACGGUUGGGUUAGGGAGUCUGACCCAUCGCGGGGUGGGGCGCAAACCCUGGAAGGCAGCAGUGUUUCUUCCUCUUCCCAGCUGGGAGGAAGGGGCCCGGCAAGUGAGAGAAGGAGCUUCUCCCGCUGCUGUAAGUGUUGCCUCGGGCCGCGUGACCGCCCCCCUCCAGUCUUCUGUGGAGGGAACCCAGGAUCCUGAAAUCCUCGUGGCCGCAAGGACUCCCCGCGGAGACAUAGGAGGGUCUCCGCCUAGGGUUCCAGGCCUUCGCGAUCUUGGUUCACCCACCGCGACCCCACACUGUUUCUGUGCUGUCAACACCCUCUUGCCUCCCGAUCCCAGCACUCCCUUCUAGCACCCCCCCCCCGAAGGAAAAGCUAGAGGGAACAAUCGCCUGUUGGUGGUAUGAGGUAGCGCACCGUCCGGCUCGGGUCCGGUCAGCCUGUAACUUCGCAGCGCGCUACGAUGUCUCCUUGCACCCCAGCCUCGUCUAUACAGCAAGAGACCAGGGACUUCAAAGUCGCCCUCUCGGGCUGAGGCCUCCGAGCACUACCCCUCCCCCCAUGGAACAGAAAGCCAUGAUGUUUUUAAGCAGAACCAGCGAAACCCUA